CCGCGCAGGGCCCCGGCCGCGGCGGCGGCGGCGGCGGCGGCGCCCGGCCCCCUCCCCCGGCGCCGGCCAAGUGAGGCGGUGAUGCGGGCGCUGGCGGCCCCGGCUGCGCCGAGAGCGGAGACACAGGCUCAAGAUGGCAGAUUCCGACUGAGGCUGGGGGGGCCGAGCUCGCGCGCCGCGUUCCCUUCGCCGUUGCCAUGAAUCGCGGACACCCCGGCCCCGAUGGCCCCCGUGUACGAAGGUAUGGCCUCACAUGUGCAAGUCUUCUCCCCUCACACCCUUCAAUCAAGUGCCUUCUGUAGUGUGAAGAAACUGAAAGUAGAGCCGCGUUCCACCUGGGACAUGACUGGGUACGGCUCCCACAGCAAAGUGUAUAGCCAGAGCAAGAACAUACCACCUUCUCAGCCAGCCGCUACAACCGUCAGCACCUCCUUGCCAAUCCCAAACCCAAGCCUACCUUACGAGCAGACCAUCAUCUUCCCAGGAAGCACCGGGCACAUAGUUGUAACAUCCGCAAGUAGCACUUCUGUCCCUGGGCAAGUCCUCGGCGGACCACAUAACCUAAUGCGUCGAAGCACUGUGAGCCUUCUUGAUACCUACCAAAAAUGUGGACUCAAGCGUAAGAGUGAGGAGAUUGAGAACACGAGCAGCGUGCAGAUCAUCGAAGAGCAUCCACCCAUGAUUCAGACCAAUGCGAGUGGGGCCACUGUAGCCACUGCCACCACAUCGACUGCCACCUCCAAAAACAGUGGUUCCAACAGCGAAGGUGAUUACCAGCUGGUCCAGCAUGAGGUGCUGUGCUCCAUGACCAACACUUACGAAGUUUUAGAAUUCCUGGGCCGAGGGACGUUUGGGCAAGUGGUCAAGUGCUGGAAGCGGGGCACCAAUGAAAUCGUGGCCAUCAAAAUCCUGAAGAACCACCCAUCGUAUGCCCGGCAGGGUCAGAUCGAGGUGAGCAUCCUGGCCCGCUUGAGCACAGAGAGUGCCGACGACUACAACUUUGUCCGCGCCUACGAGUGCUUCCAGCACAAGAACCACACGUGCUUGGUGUUUGAGAUGUUGGAGCAGAACCUCUAUGACUUUCUGAAGCAGAACAAGUUUAGCCCCUUGCCCCUCAAAUACAUUCGCCCAGUCCUCCAGCAGGUAGCCACAGCCCUGAUGAAACUGAAAAGCCUAGGUCUCAUCCAUGCCGACCUCAAACCAGAAAACAUCAUGCUGGUAGAUCCUUCUAGACAGCCGUACAGAGUAAAGGUCAUCGACUUCGGCUCGGCCAGUCACGUGUCCAAGGCUGUGUGUUCCACCUACUUGCAGUCCAGAUAUUACAGGGCCCCUGAGAUCAUCCUUGGUUUACCAUUUUGUGAGGCAAUUGAUAUGUGGUCCCUGGGCUGUGUCAUUGCGGAGCUGUUCCUGGGCUGGCCGCUCUAUCCCGGAGCUUCCGAGUAUGAUCAGAUUCGGUAUAUUUCACAAACACAGGGUUUGCCAGCUGAAUAUUUAUUAAGCGCGGGGACAAAGACAACUAGGUUUUUCAACCGUGACACAGACUCGCCGUAUCCUUUGUGGAGGCUGAAGACACCAGAUGACCAUGAAGCAGAGACGGGGAUUAAGUCAAAAGAAGCAAGAAAGUACAUUUUCAACUGUUUAGAUGACAUGGCCCAGGUGAACAUGACAACAGAUUUGGAAGGGAGUGACAUGUUAGUGGAGAAGGCAGACCGGCGGGAGUUCAUCGACCUGUUAAAGAAGAUGCUGACCAUAGAUGCUGAUAAGAGAAUCACUCCAAUUGAAACCCUGAACCACCCCUUUGUCACCAUGACACACCUACUCGAUUUUCCCCACAGUACACACGUCAAAUCAUGUUUCCAGAACAUGGAGAUUUGCAAGCGUCGGGUGAAUAUGUAUGACACGGUGAACCAGAGCAAAACCCCUUUCAUCACACAUGUGGCCCCCAGUACGUCCACCAACCUGACCAUGACCUUCAACAACCAGCUGAACACUGUCCACAACCAGGCUCCCACCUCCACCAGUGCCACUCUUUCCUUAGCCAAUCCCGAAGUCUCCAUACUAAACUACCAAUCUGCACUCUACCAGCCCUCAGCGGCAUCCAUGGCCGCAGUGGCCCAGCGGAGCAUGCCCCUGCAGACGGGAACAGCCCAGAUCUGUGCCCGGCCCGACCCCUUCCAGCAAGCUCUCAUCGUGUGUCCACCCGGCUUCCAAGGGUUGCAGGCCUCGCCUUCUAAGCACGCUGGCUAUUCCGUGCGAAUGGAGAAUGCCGUGCCUAUCGUCACUCAAGCCCCGGGAGCGCAGCCUCUUCAGAUCCAACCAGGUCUGCUUGCCCAGCAGGCCUGGCCUAGUGGGACCCAGCAAAUCCUGCUUCCCCCGGCAUGGCAGCAACUGACCGGAGUGGCCACCCACACGUCCGUGCAGCACGCGACUGUCAUUCCCGAGACCAUGGCAGGCACCCAGCAGUUGGCCGACUGGAGGAACACCCACGCUCACGGCAGCCAUUACAAUCCUAUCAUGCAGCAGCCUGCGCUACUGACUGGUCAUGUGACCCUUCCAGCAGCCCAGCCCUUAAAUGUGGGCGUGGCCCACGUGAUGCGGCAGCAGCCAACCAGCACCACUUCCUCCCGGAAGAGUAAGCAGCACCAGUCCUCUGCGAGAAACGUCUCCACCUGUGAGGUGUCCUCCUCACAGGCCAUCAGCUCCCCUCAGCGGUCCAAGCGCGUCAAGGAGAACACGCCUCCCCGCUGCGCCCUGGUGCACAACAGCCCGGCCUGCAGCUCCUCCGUCACGUGCGGGUGGGGCGACGGGGCCUCCAGCACCACCAGGGAGCGGCAGCGGCAGACGAUUGUCAUUCCUGACACCCCCAGCCCCACGGUCAGCGUCAUCACCAUCAGCAGCGACACGGAUGAGGAGGAGGAACAGAAGCAUGCCCCCACCAGCACCGUCUCCAAGCAGAGAAAAAACGUCAUCAGCUGUGUCACGGUCCACGACUCUCCCUACUCUGACUCCUCCAGCAACACCAGCCCCUACUCCGUGCAGCACCGUGCUGGGCACCACACCAACACCUUUGACACUAAGGGGAGCCUGGAGAACCACUGCCCUGGGAACCCCCGAACGAUCAUCGUGCCACCCCUGAAAACCCAGGCCAGCGAAGUGUUGGUGGAAUGUGAUAGUCUGGUGCCAGUCAACACCAGUCAGCACUCGUCCUACAAGUCCAAGUCCUCCAGCAACGUGACCUCCAGCAGCGGUCACUCUUCAGGGAGCUCUUCCGGAGCCAACGCAUACCGGCAGCCGCGGCCGGGACCGCAUUUCCAGCAGCAGCCUCUCAAUCUUAGCCAGGCUCAGCAGCACAUCACCGCAGAGCGCGCCGGGAGCCACCGCCGGCAGCAGGCCUACAUCACUCCCACGAUGGCUCAGGCCCCGUACUCCUUCCCGCACAGCAGCCCCAGCCACGGCACUGUGCACCCCCACCUGGCCGCCGCUGCCGCCGCAGCCCACCUCCCCAGCCAGCCCCACCUCUACACCUACACGGCGCCCGCGGCCUUGGGCUCCAGCGGUACCGUGGCCCACCUGGUGGCCUCCCAAGGCUCGGCACGUCACACCGUGCAGCACACUGCCUACCCGGCCAGCAUCGUCCACCAGGUCCCCGUGAGCAUGGGCCCCCGGGUCCUGCCCUCGCCCACCAUCCACCCGAGUCAGUAUCCAGCCCAGUUUGCCCACCAGACCUACAUCAGCGCCUCUCCAGCCUCCACCGUCUACACUGGAUACCCACUGAGCCCCGCCAAGGUCAACCAGUACCCUUACAUAUAAACACUGGAAGGGGAGGGGAGGGAAGGGAGGAUGGCCAGAGGGGAGGAGGGAGGAGGGGCGAGGUGGGAGCUGGGCUUUUUAUACUGAAGAUGCGGCACACAGACAAUGCACCGGGGCAGGGGGGGCAGGGGGCAGGGACAGACACAAAUGAAACUUGAACUAGGAGGUGGGGGGACUUAGAGCAGAGAAGAGAACAUUUUAAAAAAGAAGGGAUUGAGGAGGGGGAAAUCUAUGCUUUUUACUUUAAAAAAGAAAAAGAAAAAAAAGAAAACGUCAGUAACAAAAAAACACAGCUCACAAACCCAUUCUGCACCAAACUGGAAAGGAGAAGAAGAGAGCAACGGAAGCUUAUGGAAGUGGGGGGGGGGCCCCAGUUUUCGAAGAACUUUAUCUAUGAACUUCUCAAAGAUUAUUUUCAUAUGGCGGCAAGUGACGUUUAAGAAUUUGCUGUCGGGGACACCUGAUACGGAAAUCCAAUAGAUUUUUAAUUAUGGGACAUAAGAAUUAGGGAUUUUUCCAGAACUCUAAAGGGUCAGCAGCCCUCUAGAAGGUCAGGCCGUGGCCUGAGGUGGUUGAUAUUUGGGGGGUGGUGUAGGGUUGGCCAAGCCCAGUUCUGGCUCGUGUGUCAGGACUGAUGGGGGGUGGCCAGGCUGAAGGAAGCCCCCUCCAGCAGAGGGCACAGUUUCUCUUCCUGAGCACUGGAUAAAUCCCUAAGCAAUCCUCCAGCGUCAUUAAUAAUGUGUGUUGCAAACUUUAGUUAUUUUUUUUUUCUUUUCCUUUCCUGAAGAUUUCUUUUCUCUUUGAAUCAAUCCCUAGUCACGUAGCAUAGGGCUCGCGGUCUUCGCCGACACCCUAGUAGAAUGUAGCAGUCAGCACCCCUGUUUUCUACUUUGUGUUCAACUCCACUGAUACCAAUAGACUAUUCCUCAAUGUAAUUGCACAAAAAAAGAAGUGAUAGAACAUAGGCAUGUUAGUGUGGUGGUCCAGGUGUGCGAGCGUGAACGAACGUGUGCGGGUGUGAGCGUGGAUGCCACCCUCCCCGUGUGUCCCUCGGCGCCGCCAUCUCGGCUCUCACAUCCUUGCUUUGACACCGGUCCCUCCUAGUGCCUUACCGACCCACAGACGCGGGGUGAGGGUUUACUUCCAUGGUACUCCAAGAAGCUGACUGAGGCGAGUCACAUCAUCUCAGCUCUUCUUUUGUGCUGUUGUAACAUUUUAUGCUGGUCUUUCCUUGUUUUCUUUUUUUUUUUUUUUUAAUUUAAUUUUAUGUUAUUUUAAUGCCUUUUGUCUUUUUGGAGUUGUCUGCUAGCAGAGAGGCAUCAGGGAGCUGGCGGGAGUGGGGGGUGGUGGAGAGCCCAGGGACCUUGAGAGAAAUGUGGGCGAUGGCUGGGCGGGGGGACCAGUCUGACUUUUACUUUGGAGACUGAGAGCAAAAGAGACUCCCCACCAUGUACCCUCCCCCCACUCUGCCUCAGUUCUGCCUAGGGGGCCGGCUCUUAGCCUGUGUGGGAGCAGAGGUCCCGUGUGUGUUGUGGGAAUGUGGGCCUUGCCAGGCGGCUGCCUCCUUCCUGAUAGGAAAGGACAGAGGAGGGGAGGCCACCCACAGCCUCUGGGCCUGGCACCGCCUUCCCGUGUCUACGAGGUGGACCCAGCCCCAGGCCCUCACAUCCAGCCCGCGCUCCUGCACGACCCCGCCCAUCUGUCUCGUUCCGCUGGCUGUGUAUUGCUCUCACAGUUUUGCUAGAUCCUUCCCUCUGUAGACAACCAUCAACCUUUGUUUGCUGCUGCAUCUUUCCUUACAUUACCGGGCCUACCUACCCAAGACUCGACUUCGUUUUUGGUUUUAGAGGGGUCUGGUGGGCAGAAGGUUGGAGGGAAAUUUUGAGGGUGACCAGGGAGUCUUACACUGCACUUUGGAACACUCCCAUGGCACUUAAGUUUCCAAAGAAAUUUGCCCUUUGCCCUCUUUGCACCACUGAUACAUUCUGGAAGUUUUCUCAGGCUUUGAACACUGCUGGGGGUGGGUGGAGUAGGGAUGGCUCCAUUCAUAGCAAAAUUACUCUUGAAUACAUGAAUGUUGGGAGACUCUGUCUGGUCUUAGAUGGGGCUUAGAAGGGUGACCCUAAUUGUUUGAUUCCUGAUGCUGAGUCCUAACUGAUCCCAAAGCCAAGUUUCCAAGGUGCAAAGAGAUGGCUCCCAGUUUUGGCAGUUUGUCCUCAUGCCCCCCGCCCCCUGCAGUUUCCCUUAACCAUCUACUGUGAACAGUGGUGUUAUAGUGAUAUCCCACCUAAUUCAGUAACGAAGCCAGGCCAUUACCUUAGCUGUUAGCUGUGAAACGUGAAAUAACUCUGGAAAUUCCCCCUCCCCACCCAUGAAUUCUACUCAUCUUACAAAGAAAUAGGUCCCCGAACUGGAACCAGCUUAGUCCAGGCCUGACGCUGGAAGGAAGGACACCAUGACCCAUUGGAGGCACACACGCAGGCAGGUCCCCGGCUGGUCCCACAGGUCGCCAGCCGGUGAGCCUGUGAGAGGCUCGCCCCAGAGCAGGACACUCUCCUCGUGGACCCACCAACUGAUCGACUGAUGGAUACUCCCCUCCUGGGACAUGGGGAAGGGCCAUCUCUCUGAGACCAUGGGAAAAUGGCCAGUCCAGAGAGAGUGGGGGAGAAAAGUCUUCAGAGGACACAUGAGCCAGAACCCUCUCAGAGCUGUGCCAGCCAGGAAGAUCCACCUGUUCCUGACUUGGCAGCAGCCAGAUGGCAGCAGAACCCCAUCACAUCUCCUCCUGACCAGGACAGAAGUCUCGGCUGCAAAUGAGACCGCAUUGGCCUUGCUGGGUAGCAUCCGGAUCCCCUUGCACAGUUGACUCCCAGAGCUCCUAUGGGGAAAGACAACGUAGCCUUCCAUUUUAAAGAAAAUUACUUUAUCUACUUAAGUUGGAAGUCUCUUAUUCUUUUACCUGAUACUUUCUUUGUGUUCUUCCAGAUCAGGAAUGAAAGUUCCAUGCUGCUCAUAAAGAUAAUAUUAUUGUACUCAUUAUUUUGGUUAUUACCAUUGUAAUUAUUAUCAUUAUCAUCAUGUUGAUAUUUUAGCUGGGGUUUUAAAUGCACAUUUAGUCCCAGUAUCUUUGUGUUUUCUCUUUAAUAUUUAAAUUUAUUUUAUUAUAUCUGUGAGUGUAUGAGUAGGCAGGAAGGACAUGCAGAUGUCCAGUUUUGUUAAACAAACAAACAAAACAAAAACAAAAGGAAAGACCCAGGAAUUAGGAAAAUUAUUUCUGUCAUCUCUAGUCCGCAAAGAGCUGUCAAGAAAGAUCCACCACAGAACAAACGUUUGAAGAAGAAUCAAGGCCUUUUCUGUGUGCAGGCCAGAUUGGACUCUUGACAUCAUACUUUCCUAGAGUCUCAGUGGCCUUGGAAGAGUUCUGAGGUGGCAUCUCCAAGGCCCAACCCUUAGCUGUGGUUCUUUCCCACAUUCCAUGUGCUCUCUUGUGCUUCUGGAAUCUGCUAACUAGAUUCUUGGCCUGCCUCACAUCUGAUACUGACCUGUCAUGCAAAAGAAAGCCCCUCUGCCCAGAGCUGCCCCACAUGCCCUUCCUUUUCCCAUCGGUGCACCAGGAGUGUGGCUUUAUCUCCUUCAGUGUAUAGACGACUGUCCCCUCCUAGAAGCCACUGGCUGGAAGGACGGACUUAAGGGUGCUAGGCAGGUGGUACCUUCCCCUGGGGAAUUUCAGUCUCACUCCCCCUCCUUCCACUCGCUGACCACACUGCCCACUUCUCCAGUCUCUUCCCCCUUUCUCCCCCAGUACCUCUUCUCAGCGCACAAUUCUAGGGACAGAACUAGGAGCCAAAAAAAGGUAGAGGGACGGUAAGAGGCCAGAAGAACACUGACAGUCAAGCAGCUUCUCCGACAUUGCAGGCAGGGCCCCCCCUGAAAGCACUGGUCAACGGAGAGGUGCAGCGGGGCCUCGAGGCCAUCCCCUCAGUGCACCCUGCCUGUGUGUGAUGGGCUUUUUAAAAUUGGCUCAAGGUGCCCACACACUGCCCACCAAACCCAGAAAUACGGGCCUUAAGUUGAAAUGCUGGUUUUGCUGAAGCUUAACUGAGACGCUGUCAGGCCGUGCUCAGCCCUGGUGCCGCCCAGCAAACAGGAGCGCAUCCUCCCUUCAUCCCCACCCGCCCUCCUCUUCCGGUCCCCAGCACAGAGCUGCAGGAUCAGAAGACCCCCAUGCGAGAGGCCAGGUUCCGCGUGCGCUCCUUCACACUUGCCCGGAUCUCCCGUCCCUUCCUCCAGCUCUGAGUCACCCUGGCAAAUCGGAUGAAUCAAAGCCUGCCUGUCCCUAGGACCAAGCUCUCAAGUGGAGGGAUGCCAACCUCGUCUUUGUUGAGACCACAAAUGACCUAGAGCAUCAUCUGUUCUUCAACUGCCUCUAGAUAAAGAAGCACAGCAAAGCUGAAGAGGGGAAGAUUGAAAAGGACAGGUCAAGGAGAACCAUGUACUCGUAGCCUCAGGAAGUCCAGGGGGAUGUGUUUCUGCCCAGUGGGUUCCUGCUGACCCGUCUGGGCAUGUGCACCCAUGUCUCUGCACUUAGUGCCUCGUUCAUGACGUUCUGGCUGUUUCCAAGGGAAGGGGUGAGCAGGCCGACGGGUAGGAGUCUGAGGCUUGAUGCCAAUUAAUACUGUGAAGUGGUGCGUGUGGUUGAUCGAGUUCAGAGGGCAAGGAAGGGUCGAGGCAAACGGACGGUUGUCUCCUGGACUGUUUGCAUGCUGGUCUUACUGGCGGUGAGGGGCUUGCAGGCUGGGGGAGCCAUCUGGCCUUGCCCUCUUCACCCUGGAAGACUCAACCCGCCCAAACACCAGAUUGUUGCAAGUAAGGAAGGGAAGGGGAGAUUAGCACAGCUGCUAACAGGCUGGUUUCCCUUGACCAGAUCUCUGGAAGUGCAAACACUCAUUUUUGAACAAGCUAGUGGCGGAGGAUUUGGGUUGUGUGAGUGUGUGUGUGUGAGUGGAGCAGACUUUCUUGGAAACUGGAGGAAGGAGAUGAGGAGGCUUAAGGAGCUACUGCUGACGGGCUGUGGUUGGUGAAACGAGGUGUGUCCGUGAGCUGGCCCCAGCUUUCAUCCCAGGCCCUCUCGGGUGCUGGGGCCAGGGUGGGGGGUGGGGCCCCUGCUGGCCUGCCCAGGAGCUGCCAGGACAGAUCACAGAAAGAAGAAGAUAAUGAGGUGCCCUCGGGUAGCAGAGGGAAUUCAGCAGGGAGGCAAGGACUCUUUCCACAGGCCUGGCCUGGGACUUCACAAUGCCAGCCUGAGCCAUUUUGCCAGGAAACAUUCCAGCCCUGGAAGCACUUUGCAUGCUGCUAUCUUGCUGAUGUGUCUCGCAGAUUUCAGCUGGGGAAGCCUCAAAACUGAGCAGGCCAGAGCUGUCCUUACCAAACUGGAAAGGAAGGUGGAACUGUUCCUUUCUUUAGCCAAAGAACCCUUCUCAAAGACACCUCCAGAUGGGGACAAAAUGGCAUCCCUCUCUUUCCUUUCUGGGCAAUAAUGACAUCAUCAGUGAUCCAUUUGUCUCUCUCUUUCCUCUCUCCUGACGUGUGUUUCUUUCUUUUUUUUAAAUGGCAUUUAUUUCAAACUGUAUCCAUCUUUAAGAGGAGUGGGGAUUGGUAACCCUAAAUGCUGCUUUCGGGAAGCUGGAGGCACCGCACGAAUACGUGGGCGUGCCUGAGGUCAUGUUACCCCGGGGACUGCCCAAGCGGACCCUCCGCCGGGAAGUUCGGCUGCGUCAGGGGGCAGAUGCACGAGGGAGCUACGCUGGGCGUGACAGUGCUUUUCCACUUCGAUGCCUUAGGACUCUCACUCCUAAUCUCCACAGAAUAGACUCAGUCGAAUCUCAGUCAGGCUACUGGAGAAUUGAAGAUGGUGAAACGACACUUAAAGGCAAUAGAAACCUUCCAAAGGCUCUUGGUGCCCUUGUGCACUAGGGUGGCCCAAGGUGGUAGAGGUCUCUCACAUCUUUCUCGAGGCUUCCAGAAGUUCCGGAGAGCCAGCUCCAAGGCAGUUGCCCCUUUGAGAUCCGGUGAGCGUUUACAGAGAAGUGACCCUCCUGCGGAGCACACUUUCUCAGAGACCCUCCCAGUCCCCCACAGGUGCCCCCCUACCCUAGACGGCCAUGUUAGGGCAGCAUGUUGACUGUGUCCCAUUUGUUAACACUUGGGCGUCCCUGAAGGAAGUAGGAGAAGGCAUUUGCUGAAGCCUUUACCCGUAGGGAGCUGACGCGCUCAGAAAGCACAUGUUAAAGGAAAGGAAAUAUGAUGGUGGUCCAAAAUCCCCCAAGUUUCUAGUGAAAUUUUUGUUAAUUGGGACUUCGCUGAGAUAUCAUUUCGUUCUGCUUUUUUAGUUAACAGCAAUGAGUGGCUUCAUGUUUUCUGACAAACCAUCUAAUGAUACUUCGGUUUACGUGUGCCAAACACUGUGCUAAAAAUUGCUCAUUGGUUAUCUUGUUUCAUUUAGUCUUCAUAAUAACAACUCUGCAAGGGGCCCCAUUCAUCCCUUUCCAGAUGAGGCAUGUGGCUUGGAGAGCUGGUGACAUGCCCAGGGUCGCAUGGCUAGUGAGAGAGCCGGGCCUUGAACCUGGGCCUGCCCAGCUCCAGAACCGAGCUCGCAGCCACCAGCCUCCUGGGCCACCUCGUGUGUGUGUGUGUGUGUGCGCGCGCGCGUGUGCACACACGCGCGCGCAUGCACGUGAGUACAAAGAAAACCCUUGAAGGAAUGUCACCCCUCGCCCUCCCUGCCCCAUGCAUGCAACCCAACAGAAGGUCUGAAUGAAGAGGGAGCCCUGAAUUGGAUGCAAGUAGAAGGGGCAGAAUUCAUUUGACUUUGAGAGAAAAUCUUAGGGGAGUUUCUUUUGAUUCACAGUAGAAUUCAUUUUAGAUUCCUUUCCGGUGUACCAACUAGCUUUAGUAGUGCUGCUACAACAAACUUAUGAGUGAAGAAAAAAAGUUUUCUUUUUUCUUUAAAAAAAAUAAAUAAAUUUUUUCUUGCUUAUAGUUAAUUCUAGAAAGGCAAUACUAAAGGUAUAUAUUUUUUUUAAAAUGCUAUUUUUUACUGCACUGAUAAAUAUCAUGACAACUCUGUUCUCUAUAAUCGAUCCACUCUUCAGCUCUGGGUAGAACCAGAUGCGGGAUUCACACCAAAUUUGUAAAUACCGUGUGUGGGUCUGGUGUCCAGGAACUUUUUUCUUUGUGUAAAAAAAAAAAAAAAAAAACGGAGAAGGAGAAGGAGAAAAAACAAGAUGACUCUUAGAGGAACCAAAUAAGGGUUUCUUUGGAGAUACCUUUCUCAAAGAAAUGGAAAGAACGGUUAUGUAAACAGAAAAAUCAGCCAAUUCUUAGGGUAUAAGGAAGGAGAGUCUCUUGCCGCAGUAUGAGAUUAAUAGUAAUACAGAAGCAUUUUUAAUUUGGUUGAGAAGUGACAAGAAUUUAGAAAUGCUUUAGGAUGAGAUUUUUAAUUUUUUAGAAAACUAUUAUCAUUGUGUUAUGAAACAUCUCCUCAGUUGUCUUGGGUGGGUUUUUUGUUUCUUUUUUAUUUAAAAAAAAAACAAAAACUUCUUUAUUGACUGGCUCCAGGCUUGUUUGCCUAAAUUCUUAGGUAGUUUACACGAGUUCUAGAACCUUCUAGGACUUUGACUCCAUUGGAAGCAAACCCAACUAAUCAGCAUUUGAGAUCCUGGUUGGUUUCAAUAGGUAUUCUGGAAUUCUGACAGAACACCUAAAGAUUUUUUUUGAAGAAGGUUUUAGAUACAUUAUCUUACACAAACUGUGACCUAAUGGCAAUAAUUACCUCAAAUGUGGGCAUUCAUCCUGGUUUUAGCCUUUUUUGAAAUCAUGUAGCCAGCUUGAUCUUGGGAUUUAAAAGACUAUGAACUCUGUGUGGGCUGAAAAUAAUGAUUAAUGCACACCCUGGUCAUUGUUGCUUAAGUGAAUUCUGAAAAUAGCUGAUCUUUACAUCAAAAGUGAAACCAAGGAAGAGAUUAUUCUUUGUGUGUUGUAAUGAAAUGUGAUGAUAUUCAAAUGCACAUGUUAAGUAUAUAUGUUUUUAGCUACUGUACAAUGCUGUUAGCCUUCUAAGAUAUCGAGAGAGCCACAUUUUAAAUGCGUAAACUAAGUAAUUGUGGAUACUUAAGCAUAUUUCUGGCUACGUUUUAUAGUUAAAGUGUUUUAUAGUUUACAUUUAAACUGGUACUUUUUAAAGAAAAUUUCUGUUUAUAACUGACAUCUUCAAACCCCAGCGAUCUCUUUCGUUGGAGGCCCUGCCCCUCCAAGGCAGGUGUUUUCUACCCAUACUGUUGUGUAGCCCAAUAUAAGCUUUUCCCUCCACGUUACUUACUGGUUUCCAUGUGAACGCGAGAGAAUGUGAAAGGAUUUCUGGAUUGAGUGGGAAGGGGUGAGUCCAUAGCCUGGGCCAGAUGUGAAGACCUCAUGCCAUGUUGUAUCAACACUUGUCUCCAAAGAGGCCUUCUCUUUGACAUCGUGGAAGAGGCAGAGAGAACAGAUACCUGGUUCGUUGAUUUUGUCUUGAUCUGAAUGUUUAAUUUCUAUCGAUCCACUGACUUCCAGUCACCAGGCAGAGUAGAAGACACUGGGAUGCAGGCGGCCCUGAAGGUGCAGCUGCUAUUUCUGGGCCUCUGGCAAUAUUCUGACCGGCGUUUUGCAAGGGGGGAGCCUCACACCCCUACGCCCACAUUCAUUGGCUGGGCUUUCCAUAGACCUGCUGUCACUAAUUCCUUUUCUCCUUUAAAACAAAAUAAAUGCAAAAGGAUGUGUUUACUUUUGACUCUUUGUCAAACUCAGAUUUGAAGCCUAGGUCGGUGGGUGGGACGGGGGAAGCUAGAUUCCUCCCUAGAGACUGAUUGCUGCUGAGCAGGGGUGGGGCUGGGGAACCUAGGGGCAGCUGGGGGAGGGGUGUGGGUGACUGCGACCCCUGGAAGUAGAGAUGGUCACUGUGACGCUUCAGAGAGUGGGCCCCACUGUCUCCUAGGAACAGGCUGGAACAUGCUGGUGUCCCGAAGAGUUUUGGUUUGUUUCUUGUUUUCUCUCGUACCACAACCCAAGUGCGGAGGACCUACUGUGGUAAAGGGCAUUCCGUCAGCAGCUAAGACUUUGCAAACUGCAGAACACCCGGGACCAGGGAACUGUUUGUGUGUGUUCCUUCGAAUGCAUUCGUGUUUUCCCUGUGACCUCUCUGUGGACCGUAUGUUCUCGUGACAGGUUCUUGUAAGAAAUGUUAGGGUAAAAUAUUUUCUUUUUAAUCUCGCCCUUCCUCAUAAUACUCCUGCUUUCCCUCUGUUUGGUCUUUCCCUUUGCUUGAAACUCACCAAAUUAAUUUUAUGUCACUGUCUUUGGGGCUUAACCGUAUGUUUAAAAACUAGAAGCAUAGGAAUUAGCUUCAAAAAAAAAAAAAAGUAAAUACGCUGCAUCUGAAACUCGCUCCCUCUAGUGUCCUUUGAACCGCUCCCCACAGAUCUCCCCUGGCGCAGCCUCCCCACUCCUUGUCCGGAUCAGUGUCUCCGGGGCCACCCCCGCCUCCACCCCGCUGCCACCACAGCCCCCCAGCCCCCAGGACACUCUCAAGAGCCAGGAAGAAGGACCCACCUGGCCUCAUGAGCAGUGGUCUUGCCUCCCUGUUAGAUACUCACCUGCUUGGUGGAAGGGGCAACGGAUUUAUCGUUAUUAUUAUCAUUAUUAUUAAUUAUUAUUAUUAUUAUUAUUAUUAUUUUAAUAGUUUUCGGCUCAGGUUAUAAGGAAGAACUUGGGAAGUGGAAAGUGACUUGACCAUGCCCAUCCUUUGUAGCUUUCUGUGACUUCUGAAUGGAACAUGAAGCGUUCCCCCCCCCCACUCGCCUCUCCUCACUUCCAAGUAGACACCCCCCACCCUCCCACCCCCCCGUGGGCGCUGCCUCCGCCUCGGGGUUUCCCCCCACCCUUUCACGCUCCCUCUCACUUUUGUGUUACUGCUCAUUUAAAGCUGUCUUCCGUGGCUUUUCCAGGGCACAAUCAUUUCUGGCCCCCAAAGCAUCUCCUCAUCCUCUUUGUGUGCAUUUUUUAACCAAAUGAAGUAGACCAGAAAGUCCUACUUUGGGGCAGCAGACUUUCUAGUUUAGUAGAAUCACUGUAUAGAUAGAGAUGUUGAUAUAUAUGUUAGUGUAUAUAUAUAUCAAACCAAAUUUCUGAUAGGACAAGUAUAGCUUUAUGGAUGAGGAGGAAGAGGGGCUUUCAGAAGUCAGGCAGCAAUGGCGUCGUAGACGAGCCCGGGGCCGGCCCCAGGCUGCACCUUCCCUGCGUGGGCCUGCGGCAUGGCACCGGGUUCUCACCCCCCCGCCUCACCACAGCGGAGGCAGGUGGCCCCGAGGGGGGCCGCCGCUCUCUCUGGGUCCCCAGCCUCCAGGGCACAAAUGAGUGAGGGGGGACGGCAAAUCAGAACGACUGGCAUUUUCCAUCCCAUUUUGCGUUGACCGCAUGUAUUGAGCUUCAGCUUGUGCCAUAUCACGUUUCCAAAAGCGGAUCUAUUAGGAUGGAAAGCGACAGGAUCUGUACACAUGUUUACCUUUCAACUGCCCAUGAAUUCCGGACACUGGAUAGAAAGACUCACUCCCCAGAAUGAGAGCCGGGAAGAGGAGACCCGGUGAUGAUUGGUCACCAGUCCAAGGAACAUGGCUCCCUCCCCAAGGUCACCUUGCCCACAUCUUCCUCCACCAGGUCAUCUCAGCUCAGUAGCCCUAUGAAAGCCCCGGUCUGUUGUGUUCCUUCACUGUACGGUUUCUGUAAUGAAAAGUGUUAAUCCAUGUUAAUCUUUGUGAAAAUUAUUGCGUGCAACAGUAUUUUCUCGUGUACCUCUUUCUCCUAUGUGAAUUGUCCCUCUUUUCUUUUUUAUUUAUAAAUGUCUACUUUUUUUAAAAAACAAACCAAUGUGUUGUAGACCUAUAUGUAACCUAUUCCUUAGUCUCAUAUUAUAGGUAUGUUAUAAGAAUGGAUAUUUUACUUGGCUUUAGAAUGUUUUACAAGAAAAAUAAUUCUUAACUGAUCAAGUCCUUGCUACUAAAAUGCUUGUGUUUUUCAUCAUGAUGUCGUGUGCUUCUAAAUUAAUAAUCAUUUUCGUUGUAGAAAAAUGGAGUGAAUUUAUAUUAGUCUUGGAAACUAAUAAUAGCAUUGUAAAUUUAUGAGAUGAUUUUAACAGAAAAAAAUUAUAGAAGAAUAUAGUUAUUUUAAUUGUAAUAUUACUAACUGUAGGGUGAGAAAGGGGGGUCCCGUUGUGGUGAACUAUGUUAUAGCUUGUUACUCACAGUUUCUUUUUGAUCAUUUUUUCGGUCUCUGAGGUGAAACGAGUUAUUAAUUAAAAUUUGUAAACUCACAUAUGCAUAUUGUAUAUGUGUAGAAAUGUAAUCACACUUUGUCUUGGAAUUACAUUAAACUGUUUGGAAUCACUGUA